ACGGUAGUUGCAUUGAAAACUAUUGCUAUGUGUAUUUGACUAAACAUUGUUUGCACAGAAAAAAAAAUUAAAUUGAUUAUUUUUGAUAUACGAAAUUUUAAAGCAAUUCUCCAAAUUAAAAUUGCACGAGUCCUUGAACGGUGCAUCGUCAUUGCCGCCUAAAUCCCUCGUAUCAACCCAUAAAUGGUCGACGAUUCAUCGCAGCAACGCAGCAAAAACUGAAAAAAAUCCCGCAAUGGCACGUUCGGAGCGCGAAAUUGCCCUCAACUAUCGCGACACUUGCUUGUAUUUCUCGGAUGUGGAUUUGCUGAAGGGCCCCUACUGGCUGAACGAUCAAAUUAUCUCGUUUUACUUCGAGUAUUUGGAGUGCGACGUGUUCCAGGCGUUCAACGAGCGUUUUUUGUUCAUUUCGCCCGAAGUGACGCAAUGCAUUAAAUUUUCGCCCGAGGAUGUCGCGAUGUUUUUGGAGCCUUUAAGAGCGCACGAAAAGGAUUUCUUGUUCUUCGCCUUGAACGACAACUCGCAAGUUGAACGGGCAGGCGGAAGUCAUUGGUCGCUGUUGGUUUAUUCGCGUCCCGAAAACACUUUCUUCCAUUACGACUCUUCCUAUGGCGCGAAUCACACGCACAGCGUUCUCUUGACGCAAAUUCUGAUGCAGGCGUUGCAAGUGCCGCAUGCCGACUUCCGUCAGGCGUCGUGUCUGCAACAAACGAACAGCUACGACUGCGGCAUUCACGUUUUGUGCACCGUCGAUCUCUUGUGUCGCAUGGCGAUUCAGCGCGGGGAACUCGAAGGAGCUGGCUGUGUCUCGCACGAAGCAAUUAACUGCAAGCGGAACGACUUGAUGAACAUUAUUUUGGACUUGGGAGGCAGACUUUACUAAAAAUGCGUCGCACGCGUCUUCCGGUUAGCCGUUGUUGAUCCAUUUAGUGUGUGACUAACAUCACUUAGCGUUAACUUAAUUUAUUUCUGAUUUUUUUGGAAGAUAUCACGUCGUCACUUUAAAACGCAAAAAAUGUACAUAGAAUAAUUCCUGUGAGAAUAAAAUUAAAAAAAGAGAGUUCGAUUAUAUAUUAAUUAAUGAAAAAUCGGUUUUUUAUUUCUUUU